AUGCCUCCCUCCGGCCUCGCGAUGGUGAGCGGCCAGGCGCUCCCGGCCUUCCUGCUCUGCAGCACGCUGCUGGUCAUCAAGAUGUACGUGAUCGCCGUCAUCACCGGCCAAGUGAGGCUGCGGAAGAAGGCUUUUGCUAACCCCGAGGAUGCCCUGAGACACGGAGGCCUUCAGUAUUGCCGGAGCGACCCAGACGUGGAGCGCUGCCUCAGGGCCCACCGGAACGACAUGGAGACCAUCUACCCCUUCCUGUUCCUGGGCUUCAUCUACUCCUUCCUGGGGCCCAACCCCUUCAUUGCCCAGAUGCACUUCCUCCUGGUCUUUGUGGGCCGCAUGGUGCACACUGUGGCCUACCUGGGGAAGCUGCGGGCACCCACACGCUCCUUGGCCUACACCCUGGCCCAGCUCCCCUGCGCCUCCAUGGCCCUGCAGAUCGUCUGGGAAGCAGCCCGUCACCUGUGA